AUGAACUUCACCAGAAACGUGUUUCUUUCAAUCCAAAUUUUCAGAGUCUAUUUUCGAAGAACAUUCGAACUAUCUCGCUUGAAUUCGCUUGAAUAUACUUGUAAGGUAACUUAACUCGAAAUUCAACGACAAGAUUCGAACAUAAUUGUACUCGAUCCUGUCGAAUAAUUUAUUUAUGAACAUCGUCAUUCGCUGGCGAAUGUUCAAUUUCCACGUCGAUCUGGACAAACGUUUUCAUUGGCGAAGAAUUUAUGGAUUUCGUUGUUUCUUCGGGCUACGCCACUUCAUUAAAUUAUUCGCCUCUUGCAAUUUCACGCUCGAUCGAUUGCUAACGCGCGUCUCGCGGGUGGGUUUUCGCGUUCCGUGGGAUAUCGAAGCGCCGUGAGUUUCUAACCGAUCGACUCGACGCGAUGAAAUUAAUGUCUGCAACUACCGGCUGUUAGCUUCCUUUUUUUCGUAACUUUGGUAGACUUUGUUGGAUGGCUUGUGUAACAAUCGCGCUUGAAAGUCUGCGUGUUUGAAGUAUUGUUUAACAGAGAUUUCUUCCUUCAGUUUUUUUCAACGUUAAACAUCGUCUUAAGAUGUUUAAAUUGUUUCAAGAUACAGGAAAUAGAAAAAAAAAAAAAAUUGUAAAAAUUAACAGAUUAAACCUCUCUUUUAUUUCUCUGGAUACUGCAAACCUCAUUUUUCACGCGAUGAAUCAGAAAAGUACUUCCGAAUUUUGACAAUCCAACAUCUCACUUACAUUGUACCGUAGAUUUCGAAAUUUCUAUCACUGAAAGCGUAAGUCGGAAUAGCGCGAGUCACUCGAAAACAUCAAAAUUCACAAAGUGAAUGGAAAUGUUCGUGCUGUCCGUUGCGUAUAUCGAUAAAUCAACGACGAACGUGUAAAACUCGAAAGUGCCCAAUAAAUAACACUCAGCAGUGACCCUUGGAUUUCCACGGUUCUCUCCCCCUCCACCCCUCCCAAAGAAAUCCCGAUUUUCCGGUUUCCGCUGGAUCCGCCCGGCGCGCAGCGAGUCGCGGUAGAUCACGCGCGGCGUGCGUUCGCCAUAAAUCAGCCGAGCUGUUUAUCUGGACGGCGACUUUUAUAUCGUCGGUUAUCGGCCGAUCUCGAUCGCUAUCGCGGCGUACGCGCAAAACUCCGGGCAAGCGUUUAAAUAUCCCGCCGGUCGUAUGUAUGAGAAAAAGAGGAAGAGGUACGCACACACGCGGCGGACAUGCCGGAAGCGGGCAGCCGUUGCAGACCUCCGCGAUCGAUAUCAGAUCCUCGAAGAUAAUCGGCAAUUAAGCUUGCGAAAGGACUGUACACCGUGCCGGUGGGUCGUUAGGCUGACCCAAACGUGGCAGCCAAGGGAUUCUGGGAACACGGACCAGCGACACGUCUUCAUUAGCCUUUCAUGA